UCGUCUUGUAGACCCCGAAGAGAAUAAUCUGGUUCUUGGCGUCCUGUUUUCUGGAGUGUGUAGGUUUGUGCUGUUGGAUGUCGUUAUUCUUAUGAAUGUGAAGACUGAAGAAGCUUAGUUAUUGCAGGAAUAAUAUUUUGAAGCAUGGUAGGGACAAGGGUGUAUGUCGGAGGCCUUCCAUAUGGAGUGAGAGAGAAAGACCUAGAACGAUUUUUCAAAGGCUAUGGCCGCAUUCGUGAUGUUCUCAUCAAGAACGGUUAUGGUUUUUGUGAAUUUGAUGACUACAGGGAUGCAGAUGAUGCUGUUUAUGAAUUAAAUGGAAAAGAGCUCUUAGGAGAAAGAGUCUCUGUAGAGAAAGCUCGCGGAACGCCGCGUGGCAGCGACAUGUGGAGAGGUCGCAGCAGAGAUCGCGGGCCUCCCCCGCGGAGGCGAAGCCGGGGUCGGGCUCUGGACAAGGAUAUGGAUGUCCGUAUUCACGACAGGUAUGGACCACCCACCAGAACUGAAUAUAGGCUUGUUGUGGAGAAUCUAUCUAGCCGCGUCAGUUGGCAGGACCUGAAAGAUUACAUGAGACAAGCUGGAGAAGUUACAUAUGCUGAUGCACACAAACAGCGCCGAAAUGAAGGGGUUGUUGAAUUUGCCACACAUUCAGACAUGAGGAAUGCCAUUGAUAAACUUGAUGAUACUGAACUGAAUGGGCGAAGAAUUCGGUUGGUUGAGGAUACACGUCGCAGUGGUGGUAGGCGACGUUCUCGGUCCUCCAGUUCAAGGUCCCGCUCACGCUCCAGAUCAAGAUCUCGGCGCAGAAGUCGAACACGAUCCAGGUCCCGUAGUCGACGUAGUAGUCGCAGUAGGAGCAGGAGCCACCGCAGUAGUCGGUCAAAGUCUCGUGGUGGUUCCAAGUCCAAAUCAGCUUCGCGCUCCAAAUCACGAUCACGUUCCAAGUCAAAAUCAAAAACGGGUACUUCGGUCGAGAAACUUGAGUACCAACAAUCGCCUUCCAACAGUGCGCAAGCACAACAGCUAUCACCCAGAUCUCGUGAACGCUCCAAGUCUAAAUCCAGAUCCCAGUCACGUUCAAGGUCCAGAUCUGAACCCAAGAACAACAGAUCUAAGUCCAGAUCCCAAUCUAAGUCCAAGGCAAAAUCGCGAUCCAAGGAUAGAUCUCGCUCAAGGUCUGCUAGCAAGGGUCAAAGCAAGUCCAAGUCCAGGAGCCGUUCCCCAGAGAAGGAUGGUGGUGAUAAGUCACCUGAUGACAAGAAACAUGACUGAAUUAUGUUGUAUAUAUGUCUUGUGUAUAUUAGGGUUACUGUGGAAGUUGCCACAACAAGCUACAAUCUUUCUUUUGUCCCUAGUUAUGUAGGAUCAUAUAUACAGCAUGUCAUUUCGUGACAUUUUUACCUUGUACCCCUCCCCUUUGAUAUUUGUUUAAAAUUGUUUUCAUAAUUGUCAUCCCAUAUCGACUUAAGGAUUUAUUGUUGGAGCAAGAGGCUGGUUGAUUGGGUCCAUUUACAAGGAUGUGUGUGGUGGUUUUGGGAAUCCUUAGGUUCCAUGAUAAUGUACAGAGAAUGUGUAAUGUAAUAAGUAUUACUUGAAUGUGGUGUAUCUUUAGUUGCAAAUUGCCCAUCCUGCACUUGCUAAUGAUAAAUAGUGUUAAGUUCAGUUUUUCCUGUCUUGGUACAUAUUCUGAAGGGCAAAGAGACCCUGUAUAUGCUAUAAUAGUACCUGUAAUACAUUACAAGGUGAGUGUAGCUAUGAAUACUUUUUUAAUAACAUGAAUUUGUAUUUGUUUCAUUAGUUCAGUCUUGACGUUGCAGCAAUUAAAUGGCUUAGUUUGCAUAGUUACCUUUAAUAAUAAUAAUAAUGUACUGCUCCCCUUCACAUCAAUAAUGAUACUGUUAAUAUAUUCCCAUCGUUGAAGUGUACGGUAGUGUGCUGUGUACUUCUCUGCCAUAAAAUAUUACAGUAGGAGCUGAGAUAGGUCAGAAUAGUGAUGGCAGGCUGGACAGGCAGUGUUAAGAUUCCCGGCAGGGUCAAGAAAUGUGUACUCCAGUGUCCACACUGGGUCUGGGGCCCACCCACCUCCUGUCCAGUGGAUACUGGGGGGUCUCCUUGUGGCAUUAAGUUGACCACUCACCUCCAUCCAGUGCCAAGAUUGGCGUGGCGCUGAAUUCAUGUGCAGAAAUAACUCUUACCCCUCCUCCCAUUUUUUUCUACAGUGGAACUCCCAUUUAAUGAUAGUCUAUAAGAUAUUCCUUUUAAUGUUCAAUUUGGCUGAUCUAUAGGCCAAUAAUUUCAUUGUUCAGUUGCUUCCAAGAGCUUUCUCAUUUUGUUCAA